AUGAUGAAGAACAUGGUUAGUUACCCAAAGGAGGGGGAUAGUCUUCACCUGAAGAAAGAAAAACGCGAGCGAGACAGUAGUGAGAGGCACCCCUGGGGAAGAAGACAAUCAACUCGGGAGAGGCCUAAUGACAAAUGUUACACGUACAGGGGAACAUGCGUCAAUGAACGGAAAGCCAUUGAUCAGGCGGAGCAGAUGAAUCAGGAAAGUUUAUUAUUGAGUGUGUUGACUGCUGGGGGUGAAUAUGUUGCAGAGACGGAAGAAAAAGGAGGAGCGGCCAGCACUGUUCUUGUGUCCCAUCACGAUGGUACUUCACCUGGGUACACACACCAUAGUGGAGAAAUCAACGACACAGAUCGGUGCCGCUCUCACAAAAACAAAAAGGAAAAUGCUCAAGUCGAUCAACAAGGCAUUAAAACAUAUUACGAGUUAUACAACGUGAUCAAGUACCAUAACAUAGGUAGAGACCGAAGGAGGAGUAGGCUGCUCGAUUUUUACAAAGAGGUAAAAUUGAAGAGGGCGUCUAAGGGAAACCGACACAAUGGUGAUGUGAUGAAUGGAGAGAAAGGAAGGGGAAGAAAAAUUCACUUACCCUUUGGACAACGGAAAGUGAAUCAUGAAGACGGUGAAAAGGAAGACCCACUAGAAAAUAUCUUAAGUCUUGAAUGGAAGGACGACAGCUCCUCCAACUACAUCCUCCAGUGCUGCAACGACCAGCUACUGAACAAGCAAGUAAAAAUACACCACACGGACUUCAUCGAAAUUGAGGACAUUUUUGAUGAGAGGAAAUUAAGUUUUGUAAAAAAUAAAAAAUUCUGUUUUUAUAAAAAUGGAGAAAUGGAUAAAAAAUUCUGCAGAGACAAACAGGGGAGCAAGGUGGACUCUCGGCGGGCCACACAAAGGAAUCAUCUGAACGGGGCAAAAAGGAAGCAGCUGAACAGUCUCAACAGUGUAGAGGUGGAGGAAGAGCAGGAAGCGCUAGAAGAAGCGCGACAGGGUAGUCGGUCAUCCUGUGAGGGGAAGAACACUUAUGGGUGUCUUCCCCACCCAAAUGAGAAUCUCAAUCAGGGGAUCAUCACAGGGGAAAGCCCCAUUGGGGAGGAAACCCUCCAGGAGGACUCGCAUGAACAGAGAGGUGAUCACUCUUCCGAGGUGCAAAUGGAAGACAUAGACCUGCCGGAUGGCCUCUCGGGGCCCAGUAAAGUAACUACUCCUUCCCAGGAUGAGAAAGAACCCGUCCCGGGAGGAAACAGCUCAAAUGAGCAAAUCGACCCGAUCGACCAGAUCGACCCGAGCGAGGUGGACAUCGACGGAGAGUUCGCCUUUGAGGAGGGGGAUGAUGACGAGUUUGCAAAUGACAAGGGAAGUACCCCCAAGAAUGUGGAAGACAAUUUAGUGGAGAAGGAAGUCUCGAGCGUCGAGGGCAAUGCGAACGAGGACGAUAGCUUCCUGUCCGAUCUCUACCUGGGGGACAAGGACGAUACAAAAGGGGAAGGUGCAGACGAGCUUAAGGAAGCCGAUGAGGAGUAUGACUUGGACCGCGAGUUUGAAGAGGUGGAAGUGAAGGAGGCGCUUGACGGAGGACAGGAUGAGGACAGCUUGAUGAAUUUGUUGGCGGACGAGAUGGUGGUGGGCAGCGACGCCCCAGGAGGGGCAGAGGUGGAAUUUGAGCAGGAGGAUGGGUUGAUCAGUCAGUUUGAGGAGGAGGGACUGGUUGGUGAAUUUGAGGAGGAGGGACUGGUUGGUGAAUUUGAGGAGGAGGGAUUGGUUGGGGAAAGCGCCGAGUCAAAGUUGCAUCAACACGAUGCCGACUCAGGCAGUGUUGCAAAAGUAAGCGACCUGUUUGACGAUUUAGACGUGGGAGAAAUGGGAGGGGAGGCAGAAAGGGAAGAUUCUCUACUGCGCGAACUGGACGAAGUGGACUAUGGGAAGGAGGAGCAGAAGGAGGGGGACAAUGACGAAGGGACAAAGCAUGAACAGGCCCCAUCGAGGCAGGCACAGCAGGACGGAGAAGACGAUGCCCCCAUGCACGUGAACGUGGAACAGGAUUUUAUUAAGGACCUGGGCUUAACGAAGGAAAGAGAAAAUAUCACAUACAACGUCAUGAUGUACCCAUAUGAUAAUCUGGCAGAUGGUCUGAAUGGGACAAACUACGCAGGGGUCCAGCAAAAACAAAUGGCUUCUCGGGAAAACAAAUACAAGGGGGAGAGUUACGACUUUUUUAAAAACAUAUAUCGUGAUUAUUCUAAUCAAGCUGAUGAGUCCCAUCAGUCCAAUCAGUCCAAUCAACCUAAUAAACGGAGUGACGACGAGCUGCACCUCUUCGGCGCAGACAUCACAAAAAAUGCUUACCUGUACAUGCUUGAAACGUAUGCACAUUUGUACAAAUACAAUCACGUAAACGUUUUGAACCCCUUCAGUGGUAAAGAUUACACUGAUUAUGUUUUUAAGGACAGGAGGAUGGAGAGCGAGUUGAUAUAUGAUGAAAAAAUUAUUGAAGAAGUUUUUACAAUUGAUGAAGGGGAGAGAAAGUGGGGGGAGGGGACAACACUUCGUCACGGUGCAGGUAUAGCUACACAUGGAGAACGGUCCGUUUAUAAAAAGGAGAAUGAAAAGGAAAGGGAUAUUCGACGUGAUUUCUUUAUAAAGGGGGGAGUAGCAGGACCGACCACGCAACAGGUGGAGGGGUACGCCUCGGUGAUGACGCCAAGUGGUACUCACGGAGAAGGUAUGAUGAUGCAUCAGUACAAAAGAAAUCAGGGCAACAUUCAUGGGUCCACCUCCUUUAUGAAGCAAACGAACGAAAUGUUUUACCUGCACAUGGGGACACAAGCAUUUGAUUUUAACUACACGGGUGAUGGGGUUGCGGCUGGAGAUGGUCCAUGGCAGCAUGUUCACCUGGACAAUUUCACAAGCAUAUGGAAUCAUUUGUAUUCUAAGAGGAAGCACUUGGAAGGAAGAGAAGAAAAAAAAAACUUCAUCUUAGAAGAAAUAAAUAAAAAGCUAGCUAACCAAAUACAAAGGAAUGAACAAAUUACAUAUCUGUUGAAGAAUUUUUUUUUAAGGAAACCCCCCACAUCUGAUAUGUUGCUCAACUCACUCAUUUGUUCACGUGAUGAGUUUAAGCAGGUUUUCAAUCAGCAGUACGAUUUUUCCCUGUUGGAGACUGUCGCGAAUGACACCUCAGAGGGGUCGAAUUUCAAUUCCAUCUCGCUUAAUCACAUUGGUGAUGCGUUGCAUUCUGUUGUGAAGAAGAGAGAGGCGAUGGACCCCCUGGCUGCCCCAUUCGGAGUGACCACAUUCCCCACAGAACAUGCAUCCACUAACCCAAAUGAACAAACCAAUAUCUUUAUUCAAAAUAAAGAAUUGAGACUUGGGUGUAUCGAGAAUAUUUUGAGCAACAGUAAAAAUAUUUUUUUCUUUACUAAUCUCAAGUUAGACACUUGCUAUAAGAAGAGGAACCCCCACGAAAUUGAAAACGACCGAGUGUCCCUCAGCACUGUAUAUGUGCACACCCGUAUGGCCAAUGCAUAUUUUUACAAUUACGAAUUAUCAAAUAAGAAGGGCGUUAUUGCUUUUUCUCGCUUCCACAAGUUAGACUUUAGGACUUCCAUCGCGGCACGCUCUUGUCUGGACCCUAGGGAGGACGGCCAAUCGGACCGACCCGAUUAUGUGCAGCGGUUCGAUUAUGUGCAGCGGCUCGACUAUGUGCAGCGGCCCGAUUAUCUGCACCAAGCGGAGGGGGUGAAUUUGAGCGCGAUCAAGUGGAACGUGCUGAGGGCGGCCAUACGCAAGGGAGGCGUUCUAGGCGACGCCUUUUUUGACUCACCGAGGAGGGAAUCGACGGAGGACCUGACCAGCGCCGUACGAGUUGCCCACUCGGUAGAAACGGCCAACUCCGUAGAAGCGGCCAACUCCGUAGAAGCGGCCAACCCAGUACAAGUACCCAAGCUAACGCUCAAGCUGAACGCCAAGAGCAUUCUCCCCCCAAAGACUCAACGCCGCGCAGAGCACCAACUCGACCUCCUGACGAACCUACUUCUCGACCCAGAGUUCAAAAUCAGUAGUAGCUACAAAAUUGAUAAAUGGGACAUACAAAACAGAUGCGAAAAAUUACCCAUGCUUAAUUAUAAUGAACAAACGAAACAGGAAAACCCAGCCUUCUUCUUCUACGACACUUCAUGCUUACAUCUGUGUGAUGAUAGCCCCCUUGUGAUUCUCGAGUAUGUAGAAAGAGAUCCGAUGGUGCUUCCAAAAAUUGGUAUGAACAGCAAGGUGAAACAUUAUUUCAUGUGUAAGAAUGAAGAGAAAUUGUUCUCCUUUGAUUUUAAGAGGAGGGUGAAGAGGGACGUGGAGCCCUUCGGGGAGAUCAACGUAGUACACCAACCCAUCAGCUACUUUGGCGUCACCGUCCGCACGAAGAAGCCGACCCAGAAACUUAGUUUCCUCGAAAAUGAACUCUUCAAGGCAUUCCUCUUCACCCCGCCCGUGUACCUCGCGGGAGGAGGGGAAGGAGCGGAAGCUCUGCCUGAUGGCGAAGAAGAGGAAGCGGGUGAGGUGAAUAACCAUCUUACCGCUCCCCAGAGUACCCCACCACGGCCAAACGAAACAGGUGUAGGGAACUCCCCUCAGAACAGCAACCAGGAAAACCUCUUUUACGAAACGGACUUUCUCCUCAUAAGGAACACCUGCGUAGGGUCUCAGAGCAGAGUUUUUUUGAAGCCGCUCCAUGUGGAUGUAAACUUGUACAAGGAGGUCGCCAAGGAGAAGAGAGAUGCGUUGAGGGAUGCGUCGAGAGAUGCGUCCCAGGGGGAAGUUAAAGAAGCCAUUACGGGACGUAUGCCCGUAGGGGAGGAGCAGGAGGAGGAACAGGAAGAUGCGGAUCAAAACGAAGGAGAAGCAGUACUGGAAGACAACACCAACCAUGGAGAAGACACCCCCUGUUCGCCCCCUCACAACUGUGUGUUUUACAAUGUAGGCUUCCUCGACCUGCAUGUGGACAUGACCAACCCAACGUAUAAAAAGUACAUCACAGAAAAGAGAAAUUAUGUACGCAGCUGGCUGGUGAAGUUAAUACAAAAGCACAAACUUAAGGACACGAAAAAAAUUAAAGAAAUGUUAAAAGCAAAAUUAAACACUUUUAUUAAUGAAAAGGAUAUGAACGCAAUUGUUAAGUCGCUCGACUUGAAUGUGUUAUUGAGCAAAAACUACCUGAACGAGGAACAACACAAGAAUGUUUUUACUUUAAAAAAUGUAUGCACGAUAGAGUGUACAUACCACUACCUACAGUUGCUCAAAUACGAAGGAAUUAAUUUUAAUAAAAUGAUGGAAGAGGAAGACAAGCUAGAUAAACUCAUUUCCGUCCUCAAAGUAGAACGAGUAAGAGCAAAACAGAAUAUGGAAACCAUGAAAAAAAAAAUGAAAAUGACUUACAAAAGAUAUUGUUAUAAGAAGGAAGCAAAGACUAUAAAUUUUGAGCUAAAAAAAAAACACAUUAAUAUAAAAUUAAUAAAGAAUUACAAUUACGUCGGUUCACAUUUUUACGACAGACAUAUGUUGCACUACUUGCUGUACAUUAAGUACCUUAUUUCUUGUUCCCCCUGGAAUGUGCUAAAAGAUUUCAGCUGCGCACCAUCGCAGGGGACCAGGCAGGGAGAUGACAAUGUUGCGGGGGAGGAUGCAGACGGAACAGAAGCGGGAGUAGCAGAUGGAGGAGGAGGACGACGAAGGAGGAGAAGGAGAAGGAAGAAACAUGAAAUGAAAAUGAACAAGAAAGAAAAAACAAAAAAUAAAAUUAAGAGGAAGAGAAGGAGAGGCAGAAAGACAGAUAACGCCACUAAGGGGGAUGCCCCUUCCGAGGUGGACUGGUGGGAGGGAAACCACAGUGGAAGAAGGAGAGGCGCAACGGUAGAAAAUGCAAACGGAAGAGGGAGGAACAGGCCCGGCCAAGAUCAACCGUUCACAUCGGACGAACAGGAAGAUGAUGAUGAGGAGGAGGACGAGGAGGAACCCACCAGGGAAGACGUCUCGAGUGAAGAAGACGAGUAUGGAGGCCAAGCAGUGGCAAAGAAAAAGAUGCAGUCCAGCACAAGGGAGGAUCAGUCAGAGGACUCCACUGUGGAAGGCACACAUCCGGAGGAGGAGGAAGAAGAAGAACAGCCGCAGAAGCGGACGAGGCGACGACGCAAAGGUGCAGGAAGAAGGGGAGGAGCGCCAAAUGAAGACAGCAAGAACGAUGAUCAGGAAACAGAAAAAGAAACAAACGAUAAGAGACCCGACUCUGGGGCAAAUAAAAAAAAAACGAGGAAGAAUUAUUCAUACGCAACGUACCUGUUUAAUCAUGUAGUGUGUAACGAGGCCCUCACGCAAAAUAAAAACAAAUCAAAUGAGGAAAAUGGACCCCAACAGAAGCACGACCCGAGGAGGAAUGACAAGUCUGUCGCCUCCAACUGGACAGGAAAGGCCAAGCUGUUCUCACGAAACGGUAGUGUGCACAGGAGGGAAAUGGCCAAUAGAGAUAAAAGGGAUGAAAAGAGGACCGAUAAACGAAUUGAAAAAAAAGGUAGCCGUAUGUAUGGUGCGAAUAAUAAAGGUUAUGUCUUUCACGGCAAGGGAAAAUAUAACUUUAGUUACUUCCACACGAAGAAGAGGUUGGGCUUAGAUCGAGAUGAGGUAGUCAGUGGGGGGAGGUUUGCAGGACCCCAGGGUGAACGUCGAACAGGCAGGUAUGAAGAAGAGGGAGAGAGAGAAGCAGAGGGAGAGCAGGGAAACACAGAUGAUGAGGUAGAAGAUGUGGAGGAUGAUCAAUCCAAUUUUGUUAAACGGCACCGCGCUAACCCUGAUGGGCACGCACCAGAUGCGGGAGGAAACAAUCAACUGGCACGUGGAAAAAGGCACAUGCGCGGUGGAGUAGGCAGAAUGAACGAAGAACCGGAGAAAAAAAACACCAGAAGUGAGAGCGCGCCCUGUACUACCCGAAUCGUGGCUCAUCUGACCUCGAGAGACAUUGCGAAGGCGCUCCUGUCCAUUGGAUUUAACAUGGCCGAGCUAAGGAAAAUGAGUAGAAGCGAUCAAAUAAGUAAGCUCAAGGCAUGCAUCCGGAAUGGCAGAGUAAACGCACAAAAUAAAAUUAUCUACACUUGCAUGGUGAAAAAAAUUAUCAUGGAACAAUUUAAGAAUCUGCAUGUACCGGUUCAUUUGAAGAUGAACAACAACGUGUUGUACAUGAGCGAGAGGAAGGGGGUGGCAGGAAGCGAUCACACCGGUGGUUCCCUGGAGGGGAAUAGAAGCAACGCCCUCGUAAAUGCCUCCAACGCGCUACGCCAGGGGGAGAAUGGCUACCCAAACGAAGACUACACCAAACUGUACAUGCAAAGUAAGCAGAAGAGGGUUGAGAAGAAUCGCAUUAAAUUAUUGAGGAGCUUUUUUCAAUCCCCUGCCAGUGACGCAGACGAGUAUGCCUCCUUGUUCUUCUCGUCCUCCUCAUCGUCAAGCACGACAGAUAGCUCCUCAGAGUCCUGCUCAGACGACACUUCCCUCCGUCUGGGGGACGAAACCAUGUCUAGCAAAAUCAAGCAGAAGGAUAAAGGGCCACACAUGGGAGGUAAGCACAAGCGGGCAGGUCGCGGAUGGGACCAUGAACAAUCGGAAGAGGAGGCGGAAGAGGAAGAAGAAAAGAAGCACCUCGAAGUGAUAAGGGAAAUACAGACCAAGAAAAACAACUACGAGGAUAAUAAGAAUAAUUAUAAAAUGGUGCAUUGUCUCAAAUGGACAAGGGUGUAUGUAAACAGGAGCGACCAUAACAACGAUGGAGUUGGUGGGCACGCAAAUGCACCUUUCCAGAGGUAUGAACAAUUCAAAGGAGGAUGGGACGAAAAUUAUAAUGGUGGUGGGGAGGGUGCCGUACACCGGUCAGGUAAAAACCCCUCGCACAUGUUGUUUCCUCAUCCGGGAAAGACACAAGAAUCAUUAGACAAUGCUAGACGAGCAGACAAGAGAGACCAAGCCAUGUUGAAACACCCCAUGAAAGACAUGGACCAUUUUCUGUUCGAUGAAAAAGCAAAAAUCGAAAGGGUCCACACUGUGUACAUAUAUGGAGAAAAAAAUAUCAACACCUUUCUUCGGUGGAAAAGCUUUAGAUCUGUGGUCAGAAAAUAUUUUACUCUCGUGAAUGCAAAUUAUAUGAAUGAACAUGAUGUGGGGGAUGAAGGAACCACCAUGAGAGAUAAAGUAAGUCACAGGGAUAAUGCACCAGGGAAUAGGGGCCCUCAUUUACAUGGUGACGAUGAUGCAGAUGAAAGUCUUGCACAGGAUAAUUUAUUCUCAAAUGGAGUGAAGAAAAGAAGACAUAGGAGACGUAGGCGAGGAAUGGAAGCAGGAGGUGUAGGCAUGACGACAGGCUCCAUAUAUUCUGCCCCCACCUUCAAAAACGUCCUUCGAAUCUUCCCCACCAUCGGAGAAGAAUUAAAGACGUGGCACUCGGGAAAGAAGCACACAAAUAAAAAUGAUUUGAAACAAGAGAAGGAGAAGAAGAAAAAGAGAAGGGGUAAAAUUAUGCACGAGGGUAGUAACAAAGGAAAGGAAAGGAAGAAACGCAAAAGAGGAGAGUUCUAUGUGGAUAUGAAUACCAGCGCGGGAAAGCUCAUGGGAAGAAAAUACGUUAAUACAAAUUAUUCUGUUAAUAUUAAGAUGAACAAACCGAUACAUACAUCUGCAUCUAUGGCAGCCUCGAGACGUAGGAGGUUGUAUCCCUCGGCGAUUGAUCAGACUGCCCAGGGGGCCCUGCAAAAAAGAGGAAAGAGCAGGAGACGAAGAACCGUCACUGCUGCCGCUGCUGCUGCGUUGAAUGGUAAAAUGAAAAACUCCAGGAGGGGAUUCUCUAGCGACUUUACCAAUGAGGACGACGAAGCAGGGGAGGAGACCCCCGCAGAAGUGGAGGGAGACACGGACGAAUGGGAUGAGGCGGAUGAGGCCGCAGAAUAUGCCAUGGCGAAGGAAACGAACGAAGCGCGCAAGCGAAGACAACUGAGGAGCCAAGUGUCCAAAAGCAAGAGCUCCUUGACGCUGUCGUUGAAGGAUGAAGAGGAAGAUUCGUAUCGAACGGGUAACAAAAGGAAGAGGGCAAGGGAAGAAGUAGAAAAGGGAAGCGAUAGGAGGGCCAAAAGGGGAGACCUGACGGAGCAGUUGAACGAUGAACACGAGCAACAUCUCCCGCCAAAUGCGCCUCACACAGGUGAAAGGAACAUCAGAAGAAGCACGAGCUUACUAGUAGACGACAGUGCAAACGCAGCCAUCGGAUUCAAUGAAAAGAAUGAUGGAGAAAGCGCAAGGAAAAAAAUGAAAAAAGGAAACACGUAUAACAAUAUAAAGGAAGUCAUUGAAAGAUUUAAUGAGCUUCUCAUGUCCAUCAUGUCGAGCAUCGCAGAAGUGAUGAACUACAAAGCCUUCCUCAACGAAGUGAACGAAAGUUACGCCCCCAUGUACUACACAAUUAUUAAAAAGCCCAUGUAUAUAAACAAAAUAAUUUUCCGGUGCAAAAAAAGAAAGUACAAUAGUUUAAAUGUUUUUUUUGAAGACGUUAAUUUGAUCGUUAGCAAUUGCAAACUGUAUAAUACUCCCACGUCGGUCAGUGCAUACCUCUGUGUCAUCGUGGACAACAUGCUUCUUGACAUUGUUAACAAAGUCAAGUCCGAUGAAAACUUACAAAAUUAUAAUAAUAUCCUCAUCGAACACUUUUAUAAGAACAAAAGUUUGAAUAACACGUGGGAGAGCCUCAGCAUGGAUAUGGGAGGGGCAGCAAGUCAGCAUAGUGGGGGAGGCUUAACCGUUGCAAACAACUCCGUGUCAUCCGUCAACAUGCAGUCCAACGAGGUGAACUCGAAGGACGCACCUGCGGGGGAGGGCACGUGA